CCAGGCGAGGCUUUCAUAUGCAAAUGAGGGUAAAUCUAUCUUCAUUCCGUUUGACCGCCUUGUAUGAAGAGGCAGGGUGGCGGGACGUUACGUUAAAAACUUGAGGGGCCUGAGAAAACAACACCUUCUCAAGACGUCUUGGGCGCGCCAUCUUGGUUCUUAUGCUUGGAGGGAGUGUUAAGGAGGCGCAUCGUAGCGACUCGGGGAGGAUUCGUGGGGAGUUCGCCUGACAAGGGAACGUCCCCCCGACUCUAACCAGACCAGGUAGCGACUCGUAGACCAGACGGAGCGUUACACAGAGUUGAUACGGCAGAAGUAGCCACACUUCAGCGGGGAAAACAUGGCGGAAGGAACCAGGAUAUGGCUCUUCAGCGUGCUGGCGGUGCUGGGAGUGGUUACAGUAUCCGCGCAAAAUAACUUCACAGAUCCGUGCGAGAGUCCUGUCUUCCAGAACGGGAUGGUGUUCGAAGCUCUCAUGGAGAACAGCCCGGAAAACACGACCAUCGUGGCCAAUAUGUCGUUUGCUGGGACGGCAAUCGGCGCUGGACGGACCAUCGAGCUUAGUCUACAGGACUCCGCCGACAAGGACUGGGGCCUGCUGGUAGAGGAACUACAACAGCUCAGGCUCUCUCUCAAGGGGAAGGUCUUAGACAGAGACGGGGUCUCUGGCAUUCGAGAUCUUAGAUUCAUCGUAAGGUGCAAGACUAUAGCGACGGACGCAAUGGUGGACAACAGUAUCAUAGCAACCGUUCUGGACCUGAAUGACAACGAGCCGAGGUUUGUUGACGAUCCAUAUGAGCAGGAGGUCAUAGAGCUCACCCCUGUAGGGUCCACCAUUUUCCGGAGAUUGACGGCUGAGGACCCGGAUAGUAAUGAGAACGGCAGGGUGUCGUAUCAGAUAGAGGGACCGAACGACUAUUUCGAGAUCCCCCUGCCGUCCACAGGAGACAUCGUUCUGAAGAAGUCUCUGGACUACGAAGGUUUCCAGCCGGGAGAGGAGAAGAAAUAUCUCAUCCCCAUCGUCGCCCAUGAUUUGGCGGCGGACGUAAGCCUGCGGAAGUCGUCCAGCACGACGGUGACGAUCAUCGUGACGGACGGAGAUGACCAGGCGGUACAGUUCCGGCCGUGUGUCCUGCAGGGAGACCCGCAGGAGGACAUCUGCGGCAGCCCGCUGUACGUGUCGUCUGUCAUGGAGAACACAGAAACGUUAAACCAGCCCCUGACCUUUGACCCGGCACCUAUCUAUGCCGUUGACCUUGAUACGGAUGUUCAGAGACCUCCUGUGAUCGUCUACAGUUUCUUAGCAGGUUCUCCAAGUGAUUUCCGGGAAUACUUCGAUAUAGGUAACAUCACCGGUAACAUCACACUGACGAAACCCGUGGAGAGGACGCAAGUAGAGGAGUUCAUCAUCACGGUUAAGGCCCAUCAGAAUGACAACCCCCUACGUUACGCCACGGCUGACGUCAAAAUUGGGGUAAAGGACGAUGACGUCAACGAUCCCUACUUCUUCAUCUCCACCGGGCAGUCAGAGUUCAAAGGUUAUGUGCGAGAGUUCACAGGUCAAGCCGUCAUCGUCUUCAAAGACGAACACGAGUCACCCCUGCUGCUGGAGGUCAGGGAUGACGACUUCACUGACAAGGUGGUUCCCGAGGGAGCCCUUCGCUACGAGCUGACAGACGCUAGCGGCAGAUUCGACGUCACAGAUACGGGCUAUCUGAUCGUGGACGCCAACCGGUUAGACAUAGACACUCAGAGGGAGUACCGCAUGACGGUGAGGGCAGUAGAAACAACCACAUUUCUGAAGCUUUCUACUGACGAGGCGACUGUGGUGGUCACAGUUCUCAACGGAACAGAAGAAGGACAUUGGGACAACUGGUCUCCGUGGAGCCCGUGCAACAAGGAUUGUGACGGCAUACAAACCAGAAAUCGCACGUGCCGCCGGGUCCCUUGUGCCGGGGAUAGCAAAGAUUUCCGCUCCUGUAGCGUUCUAAGCGCUGACAGGUGUACAACAGAAGAAGGACAUUGGGACAACUGGUCUCCGUGGAGCCCGUGCAACAAGGAUUGUGACGGCAUACAAACCAGAAAUCGCACGUGCCGCCGGGUCCCUUGUGCCGGGGAUAGCAAAGAUUUCCGCUCCUGUAGCGUUCUAAGCGCUGACAGGUGUACAGAAGAACCUGUCCCACAACCCCCUGCGCAGCAGACAUCCAAUGAGGACAAGCAGCUGCUGUACAUCAUCGGGGGGAUUCUGGGAUUCCUGUUGCUGGUCGCCAUCGUUGCAGUUAUAGUGUUGGGAAGAUAUGUGACAAGGGCCAGGAAGAACCGGACAGCCUACGAGCCAAAAGAAGACAAGAUUGAGCCAUGGGUGGACCUGUACUCUUCGAACGUGACUCAGUUCGAAAACGCGGCGUUCGAGCAGGAAUCGGAGACGCCCCAGAUCGCACCCCUGGAGGAGAAGGACCCGCCGUAUCCCGUCAUCCCCUGGACCAGCCUGACGGUCGGGGAGACGGUCCAGGAAUAUGGUAGCUUAGGCAGAAUAGCGGAGGGCGUGGUCAACAAGGAGGGCAAGGAGAUCCCGGCUGUUAUCAAUAUCUUGAACGGCGGCGCCUCUGACCAAGACAGCAGGGACUUCAUGAACGAGAUUGACGUCAUGUGUGCAGUGGGCAACAAUAUCAACGUCAUCGGGUUGAUAGGGGGAUGUAGGUAUAACGGCGAUUUGUACAUAGCAAUGGAGCACGCGCCGUUCGGCAAUCUUCGGGACUUCCUCCGAGACAGCCGGAAGCUGGAGGAGUACGAGUCUAUCCGGAACGGCGUCAGCCACAUGGGCAGUCAGGUGGAGGUGAAGAGGGCUCUGUCCAGCCUGUCAGCCGGGCGGCUGCUGCAGAUCUCCCUGGAUAUCGCCAGGGGGAUGAAGUACCUGGAAGAACAAGGGAUCAUCCACGGCUACCUGUCCGCCAAGACGACUCAGAUCGGAGAGAUGUGGAUCGUCAAGAUCUCCGAGUUCUGGAAGGCGCAGGACGAGGCACACAACAACAAACGCCCGGUGAGGUGGGCCGCUCUGGAGUCCAUCAAGACCAACAGGUGUACCCACAAAAGCGACGUAUGGUCCUUUGCAGUCACGCUGCACGAGAUUGUGUCUUUAGGAGGAACCCCCUACCCGGACAAGACCGCCCCUGAAGUGUUCCGUGAUCUGCUGGACGGGUACAGGAUGGAGAGGCAGAACAACUGUGGGGAGGAACUGUACAACAUGAUCCAGCGGGGAUGGCUGGAGAAUCCCGACGCCCGUCCGACCUUCACGGAGAUCGCCGACACCUUGGAGGGCAUGCUGAAGGGCAAGGUCGCGCAAUAUCUGGACAUGGAGAUGACGGACAAGUUCAAGUUCGCCGAGGUCAGGCCCGAGCUGGAUGACGACACGGUCGCCGACGCCAGCAUCACCGACCCGAACAUUACCGAAGUUGACGUCAUGACCGACGACGGUUACGAGGACGUGAGCAGAGAAAUCAGAGACCCCGUCACGUUUAUCUAAGACUGGGGCUGCCCCACUGGGAGUGAAUAGAGUUUGCAUUUUCAAACUUAACCAUACAUUGCCCGCUCUCACUUAUAUUUGCAUCGUUUUCAACAUUCAACCUAAUUUUC